AUGUCGCCUGCUGCCAGUUUCGACCCCUCAAAGGCAUAUGCUCAGCAAGAGGAGGUGUUUUUCAACGACGGGCGAGAAGCGCAGCUACUUGAUCAUGUCCAGUCUCGGCCAGACAUUGAGAAGUUGCGAGGCUCUCCUCAGAAAGUCCUUGCCGCUAUUGACGAGUUUGGACGGCAGGAAAAAUAUCUGAUGAAUAUUGGCGAGGACAAGGGAGCCAUAGUCACCAGGGUGAUUCACGAGACACAACCAAAAGUCAUGGUUGAGCUUGGCGGCUACGUCGGAUACUCUGCCAUUCUCUUUGGCAACGCCGCCCGCGCCGCGGGUGCCCAAGCAUACAUUUGCCUGGAGCGCAGCGCCGAGUUUGCCCGCAUCGCGCGCGCCCUCAUCGACCUCGCCGGCCUGGGUUCCUUUGUCGACAUCGUCGUCGGCCCGAGCAGUCACUCGCUGCGCGCGCUGCACGCGUCGGGCCGGCUGGAGCGCAUCGACGUGCUGUUUCUGGAUCAUUACAAGCCCGCGUACCUGCCCGACCUGCAGCUCUGCGAGCAGCUGGGCUUUGUGGGCCGGGGCGCGGUCAUUGUGGCGGAUAAUGUCAUUAAGCCGGGAAAUCCGCCGUAUUUGGCGUAUGUGAGGAGUAGUGUAGAGACCAAGAGGCGGGCGGCGAAGGCGGCGAAGGCGGCGGCGGCGAACGACCACGACCACGACGGUGGCGGUGGUGGUGGUGUGGUGAGGGGGAAUCCGGAGCUCGUCUACGAAAGUGAGCUGAUCCAGAGCUUUGAGCCGACUGGCAUCCCGGACGGUGUUGAAAUUACCAUUUGUGUCGGAUAA